AAUUUUGUCGUGAGCCGUCGCCAUGUUUAGAAGUCGUGUGCUCGCGCGUCCUUGAGGGGCUAGACCCAAAAAAUUCUACAUCCUCAAAACCCGGGUUUCAAACAAAUUCAUUAAAAUACAAUAUAUAUCACAUGUACUUUACACAACGUGAAGUACCUAAUUGCGUAUUAAUCAUUGACUAUUGCGUAUUUGUGAUCAAAUAAUGUGGAUGGCACAUCUACGUUUCACAAUUUUGUGAUUACAUUAUGUGUCAUGUGUGAUGAGUGAUAAACAGGGCGUACCUUCACUGCCGCCCCUACCUGGGGGUGGAGGUAACAAUGGUAGCAACAAUAAUGGAGGCCAACAAUCAGUCAGUCUUCAGCAAGUGCUGGCGACUCAGGGACUCAACGUCAUCACCACCGGAGCUGGACAACAAUUUGUCCUCACGUCACAGGUCCCCGGGUUCUCUCAGGUCCUGCCAUCAUCGACAUCAUCCCCAGGUCUCCAGCAGAUGGGAGUCACCAGAAUCGUCAACAUAAGUGGUACAUCACCACGUGUAAGUGUCGUGGGAAUGGCAAGUGGCAGUGGUACCCCAUUGACGUCCCCAAGUCGUCAGAACUCCACGAAAGUCGUCCUGGCGACGUCACCAAAGCUCGUGAGAACUUCCCUGAGGAAUAUGUUCCUGACGCCAACGUCGGCAUCACCACCAGUGAAAAAACUCAAACUCUCCGAUUCCACUGAGAAAUCCACACACCACGAUGACUCAUCUGGAUACAGACGACGAAUUAUGGAGCAUAAAAUGCGGAGAAUGAGAGCGAUACGUGAAAAAUACGCGGAGAAUACGUCAGAGCUGUUUUUUCUCAAUGCUGGUGGCAACAUGAUGGACUUCCAGACGUGGAAAAAACGAUCUAAUACACCGCCUUAUCUCCACUUCCUGCGACAACACAGGCUAGACCCUGAGGACGACGACGAGGAUCUCACCCAGCCCCUGCCCUCAGAUGCCCUUGGGCCCAGUGUCCAAGGGCCCGAGGUAAAAAUCACUGGCACUGGCGCCACUCCUGUCGCCGUCUCCACCACUCUACCUGCUGCUGUUGCUCAACUUAGUCAAGGUGGAACACCAAUCGUUCCCACUCCCCUAAAAUCAUCACCACCAGUAUCCUCAUCACCAGUGACAGAUAAAGUCUCGAUAACACCUCAAAAAUCACCCCUCAAUCCAUCAGCAACACCUUCCUCAUCUCAGCCAGUGGUGAAACUAGUUAAAUUGCCAUCAUCAACGCAAUCCACGUGCGACAGUCAGAGUAAUCAAGAGCAAAUUGUUGAAAAAGCUAAACAAGAGGCCUACGUGAUGCAGAGGAUAACUGAACUCCAGAGGGAGGGACUCUGGAGUGAGAGAAGAUUGCCAAAGGUUCAGGAGCCAGCGAGAACUAAGGCCCACUGGGAUUAUCUACUCGAGGAGAUGGUGUGGCUUGCUGCUGAUUUUGCCCAGGAGAGGAAGUGGAAGAAGGCAGCUGCCAAGAAGUGCGCGAGAAUGGUUCAGAAGCAUUUUCAGGAGAAGGCCAUUCAGGCGCAGAAGGCUGAGAAACUUCAGGAGUUGAGGCUUAAGAAAAUUGCCGGUUUCGUCGCCAAGGAGAUUAAAACAUUCUGGGCUAAUGUAGAGAAGCUGGUGGAGUUCAAAGCCCAGACUAGACUAGAAGAGAAACGUAAAAAAGCACUUGACCAACACCUUAAUUUCAUCGUUGGACAAACCGAGAAGUAUUCAAAUUGGCUGACAGAGGGUUUAAACAAGACUGAUGGUGCACAGAGUGUUCCUGCAUCGAUAAAUAGCUCGAGAAUAUCAUCACCAGUGACGCGUGAUAAACACUCGGACGAUGAGUUCGAGCCAAAUCAGAGCUCUGAGGACGACGAGGAGACAAUAGCUAAAGCCGAGGAGGAGAUGAAGUCAAAUCACAAGGAGGAGGUUGAAUUACUGAAGAAGGAAUCUGAAUUGCCACUUGAGGAUCUUCUCAAGGAGCUACCACCCAAUUACCUUGAGGAGAGGGAUAAGAGUCUGUCACCAGAUCUGAGGGUUCACGAGGAGGGGAAUCCGGAUGGAGAAUUUCAAGCUGACAGCAAUGAGUCCAGUGAUGACGAGGAUACCAUCAUGGAGCAGGAGAAGAGGGAGGGGAAUCUCGAUCACAGGAAGGAGCUCGAUGACUUGAAGGCUGAGAAUGAAAUGUCCGUCGAGGAACUUGUUGCUAAAUAUGGAAGUGCUGGUGCCACUCCUAUGGAAGAGGAUACUGAUGACGAGGAAUCUGGGAAGGAAUCUGAUAAAGAUGAUGAUGAUGAGGCGGAGGAAAAGUCUGACAGUGAGAGUGACAGUGGAGAUGAGACCAAGGACAAUGACUCACAAGUUCAGAGUGAUGAUGAGACUGGAGUGGGACUCAAGUCACUGCUUGAGGACUUCUCCGGUGAUAAAUCAACGAAGAAUAAUGUGGAUGUCUCACAGUCUGAGACUCAUAACGAAAUGGAUGAUGUAGCUGCACUGGCUGAGAGCAUUCAGCCCAAGGGAAAUACUCUCCUCACUACCAGUGUUGUGACGAAAAUUCCAUUCCUCCUGAAGCAUUCGCUUCGUGAGUAUCAGCACAUCGGUCUGGACUGGUUGGUGACGAUGUACGAGCGUAAAUUGAAUGGAAUACUCGCUGACGAGAUGGGCCUGGGUAAAACAAUUCAGACGAUUGCCCUUCUGGCCCAUUUGGCAUGCGAGAAGGGCAACUGGGGGCCUCACCUCAUCAUCGUUCCCACGUCCGUCAUGCUGAAUUGGGAGAUGGAGUGCAAGAAGUGGUGUCCGGGUUUCAAAAUUCUUACGUAUUAUGGCACACAGAAGGAGAGAAAAGCCAAGAGAACUGGCUGGACAAAGCCAAAUGCCUUUCACAUCUGCAUUACUUCCUAUAAACUCGUUAUUCAGGAUCACCAGAGCUUCAGGAGAAAAAAGUGGAAGUAUUUGAUUCUCGAUGAGGCGCAGAAUAUCAAGAAUUUUAAAUCACAGAGGUGGCAGUUACUUCUGAAUUUCCAGACUCAGAGGCGGCUGUUACUGACUGGUACUCCACUUCAGAAUAAUCUCAUGGAGCUCUGGUCACUCAUGCACUUUCUCAUGCCAAAUGUAUUUCAAUCCCAUCGAGAAUUCAAAGAGUGGUUCAGCAAUCCUGUGACUGGAAUGAUCGAGGGUAACAGCGAGUACAACGAAAAAAUCAUUCGACGUCUCCACAAGGUACUCCGACCAUUUCUCCUCCGUCGAUUAAAAUCCGAAGUAGAGAAACAGCUGCCGAAGAAGUACGAGCACGUGAUGAUGUGCAGAUUAUCAAAACGCCAGAGAUUUCUCUACGACGAUUUCAUGUCUCGAGCAAAAACGAAAGAGACCCUAGCCAGUGGUAAUCUCCUGAGUGUAAUAAACGUUUUGAUGCAACUCCGAAAGGUCUGCAAUCAUCCAAAUUUAUUCGAGGUUCGACCGACAGUAUCUCCUUUUCAAAUGGAGGGAAUUGAAUAUGUCACGUCAUCACUUGCCUGGCAGGCACUUGAUUACGAUCCAUUCAGGCACAUCGAUCUCAGCUGUUUGAAUCUUCGUCUUGUCGAUCUCGAGGUGACACUCACAGCAUUUGUCGCACACAGGGUGAGAAAACUCCACACACCGCGUAAAUUGAUCGAGGAAAUAGAUAAUCAGCCACCACCACCAAUCAGAUGUCCCUCCGGAAGAAUAAAAAUCAACGUGAGACUGUCUAAUCAGGCCAAAGCACCACCCAUCACUCCACACAAUUCUCAGACUAAAUUGAGAAAUUUUACUGGCAUCCUCCCAAAUCCCAAAGUUGGAACUUCACCAUUAGUCAAAGGAGGGAAUAAUCAGGCUAGUCCUGGACAGGGUGUCACCCUCAAGGUCGCCAGUGGACAGCAACUGCAGGGAUACUCUGUUCAACUCGUUCAGCAUCAGGGAACAGUCAAAGCAAUUCCAGUGGGAAUUCCUCACCCACCAGCAUCAUCAGCCCCAUCAACACCCCAAAGAAUCACAAUGAGCAGUCCAAAUCUUCGAGAUGGUCUUCCCCGUUUAGCAACUCAAACCGUCACAGUUAAACAGGGUGACUCCCUCCAGAGGAUAGCAGUACCAAGUUUUGCCCAGCUUGUCCAAACGUCAACGGGUCGCCACUUGAUAAUCACCUCGAACACCCAGAACACAACGACAAUGUCAUUUCCAAUGGUGACAUCGAGUGGUCAACGAUUGACAGUUUUAUCCCCAAAAUUGACAAAUCUAUCUCAAGUUGUGACAUCGGUUGGUGGUCGUCCAGUGAUGAGAGUUCCACCCCUCAAUGUGACACCACCCCAGAUGCCAAUAAGAGGUAUAAUGACACGACCAAAGGACACAACAAAGAGGCCAAAGGAUCCACCAAAGUCAGAAUUUCAUCUCCAGGAAUUGGACGCAGAGCGAAGCCACAGGCGCAUCACAAAACUCCAGACACUGUCAUCGAUAAAUGAGAGACGUUGUGCAGCGUGUCCCCUCUACGGUGAAGAUCUCUUCACAGCCCUGAGGAUUGACAAACCAUCGGCGAAAUGUCGGUGGCACAAUGGCUGGCUCCAGUGCACCACGAAGAAGCUACCACGACGGAGAAGGGAUUAUUUUACAACGACAGAGGCCCUCGCUGAGGCAAUCAAAUCAACAGAGCAGAUUGUCGAGGAGUUGAAAGAGGUAUUCGAGAGAUUUGUGGUGUACGUACCAGCGGUUAAUGCACCACUCCCAAGGUUUCACGUGUCUCAUCCACCGCCUCACAAACUCUGGGCCCAGAAGAGGCUCCAGAAUGUCCUCGAUCGAGGUCUCAGUAAUAAAGUAAAAAUUCUCCAUCCAAUUGCCAGAGCGAUGAGCACACAAUUCCCUGAUCCCAGACUCAUACAGUACGACUGUGGAAAACUUCAGCGUCUCGACAGACUUCUCCGACAGCUCAAGACUGGAGGACAUCGUGUUCUCAUAUUUACCCAGAUGACCAGAAUGCUUGAUGUCCUUGAGGCCUUUCUCAAUUAUCAUGGGCACAUAUAUCUGCGACUCGAUGGUGCCACCAGGGUGGAUCAGAGGCAGAUACUCAUGGAGAGAUUCAACAAUGACAAGAGAAUCUUCUGUUUUAUCCUGUCGACGAGGUCUGGUGGCGUUGGUGUCAAUCUCACUGGUGCUGAUACUGUUAUAUUUUAUGAUAGCGAUUGGAAUCCAACGAUGGAUGCCCAGGCCCAGGACAGGUGUCACAGAAUUGGACAGACGAGGGACGUUCACAUUUACAGGCUCGUCAGCGAGAAAACUGUCGAGGAGAAUAUCCUGAAGAAGGCUAAUCAGAAGAGGCUCCUCGGUGAUUUGGCUAUCGAGGGUGGAAAUUUCACAACAGCCUACUUCAAGAGCUCAACGAUUCAGGAUUUGUUUGAGGUUGAUACCGAGGGUGAUGCUAGUGUCAGGAUGGCUGAGGUACUUGAACAGCAUAGGGAGAGGAGUAGGGAGGGUCUAGGUGAGGAGAAGGGGGCAAUUGGGGCUCUUGAAAGUGCACUCGCUGCUGCUGAGGAGGAUCUCGAUGUACAGGCUGCUAAAACAGCUAAAGCUGAGGCUGUCGCUGAUCUAGCUGAAUUCGAUGAGAAUAUACCUCUUGAAGAAGGCGACAGGGAGGAGCCGCAGAUCAGUAAAGCUGAGAUGGAGGUGCAAAAUCUCGUAUCACAGUUGACCCCAGUGGAGCGUUAUGCAAUGCGUUUUGUGGAGUUAUCAGAGGGUGCAUUCUCCGCUGCUCAAUUGGCAGCAGCUGAGCGUGAGCUUGAGCAGCAAAAACGGGAAUGGGAGCUAGAUCGUCUGCGUGCCCUUCGCGAGGAGGAGGAGCGACGAAUGCGACUCGCUGACGACGACGAGAAGCCCAUCACCUUCAGCCGUGAGGACUCACAAAAUCAGGUGUGGCUGUCAGACAACACCAUGGAGCAAAUGCCUAUGUGGUGUCCCCCAACGCCUCCGACGUCUGACAACGACGUGUACAUAGACUACUCCCUGGGGUUCCUCUACGACAGUACACCAAUCCCAGAGUCCCAACUGCCCCCAGUGUACACUAAGAAGGACCCAAAGAGGCCCCGAGUGGAGUUACCCUCAGAUCGUGACACCCGUGACGGUCGCAGGCCCUCAAAAAUCCGUCACAAAGAGGACUCGGUGUACGCCCCCAGGUCCCUCUUCGAUCGUCCAUCACCAGCUCUAAUAAAAAUGCGUCGCGACAUGAAACUCCACAAAUACCGAACCAUCUCAAGGCCCCUCCAGCUUCCUGGUGCCCGACCCAUCGCACGUCCGACCACUGAAACCGAUCACAUCCUCGAGUGGAUGGUCCACGAGGACUGGGCACUACUCCAGGCUAUCCAGGUCUACCAGGGACUCCCCCUCAAUCUCGUUAUCCUCUCACCUGGACACACACCUAAUUGGGAUCUUGUUGCUGAUAUCGUGAAUAAUACAUCGAGGAUAUACAGAUCACCCAAGCAGUGUCGCACCAGGUAUGAAACGGUUAUCGUACCUCGGGAGGAAGGGAAAUUACUCUACGACAACACCCCCAAGAAGCAGAAAAAGCAGAAGGGAGUCUAUAAAAUUCCUCCAAUAACUGAGCAACAAGUUAAAGCGAACAGACCGAUGCGUACAUGUCAACUUUACAAUCAGGACAAGAACAACUCGUUCACGAUGAUGUGCUGCCAGCGUUUCGACACGAUCAAGACAAUUGGCAACAAACGUACAACAGUGACAAAACCAACGAUAGCCAAUCCGAUGCUGAGGAAUCCGAAGCAUACAGCUGUCCUGGCUGAGAAUGGAGUUGCCUAUGACAAUCCUCUAGCACCGAUUGAUGUAGCUACGAGAAGAGCAGAGAGAAUCGCCAAAGAGAAGCAAAAAACCACUGCCAACGUAUUGACUCCUGAACAGCAGCAGCAAGCAGCGGCACGACUGGCCCAGGCCCACGCACAGGCCCAACAACAGCAGCAGCAGCAACAUCAGUCACCCCAGCAGCCACCCCCAGCCCAAUCCUCUCCACUUCCACCUGCUACUCCCACUCAAAAUCCCCAGCCACAGCCCCAACCCCUCACUACCACUCCUCAACUAGCACAACUCCCUCCAACACCUCCAGCGACAUCAAUUCCACAUCAGAAAACCCUACCUGUCAAUCCCACGACAAACAACACAAUUGUCACGACAGCUGUCAAGGCACGUCCUGGUGUUCUCACUCUGUCUGACCAACGACAGACACCGACAGUCGUGAGUGUUGCAAAUUUGCAGCCAGGUCAGCGUCUUGCCACUGCCAAUAUCGUGACGAGUGGUCAAAAUCCAGGUGUCACCCAGAAAGGAAUAAUUAAUGUACCAAUGGCUGGUGGCUCCACCAAGACCUUAACACCAGCCCAGGUGCACGUGUACAGACAGCAAAUGUUGAUACGUCAGCAGCAGCAGCUAAAGGCACUGCAGGCUCAGGCCUCAGGUCAGAAGGUGUCAGUAGCAGUGACAGGUGUUCAGCAGCGUGCAACCCUGAUGAAACAACCAGGUGUUGGUGUUGGUAAGCCAGUAACGAGAACCGUAACUGAAGCUGAAAUGGCAACACUUUUGAAACAGCAGGCAGUGAUGCAGCGUCAACAGCAGAAGACAGUGACUCAGGUGCAGGUGCCUGGUCAGGUGACAACACUUACACCAGCACAGCUAUUUGCUCAGGCAGGCCUCCAGCAGGCUGGACCAUCCACAGGUACACCAGUGGCAACACUCGUUAAAACAGCUAAUGUUACUGGAGUUAGAACAGCUACACCCCAGCAAAUUCGUCAGCUCCAGCUACAUCCACAGAUUUUAACCCAGCGAAAAUUGCCAGGACAAAAAGUCGCGCAGUUGGCACAGGUAGCUGGUAAGGCUGGUGUACAGACACAAUUGAUUGUCCAGCAGAAAUCAUUACCAGCUACCAUGACUGUCCAGCAAAUUCAACAGGUGAUCAAUCGUGGUGUACCACCACAGGGACUCCAGGGUUUCACUCAUGUCUCCAGUGGUCAGGGGGUCAGUCAACCCGGACAGAUGGUACUCGCCAAAUCUCCCAUCCAGGGAAGGGUAAUUCCUGUAAGUGUUGCCGGGGGUAUCAAGCAGGCUAUUCAGGUUGUCGCUGCCAGCAAUCCCCAGUUGAGACAGGCAAGUCCAGCGUCGGGUAAACCCAUUGUCACAACUGCUAGAGUCAGUCCUGGACCUAGCCAACAAGUCAGACUGCAGAAUCUUCAUCAGGGAAUGCAUCAGCAGGCACAGGCCCAGGUACAGGCCCAGGCACAGGCACAGGCACAGGCACAGGCCCAAAAUCAGGAUAAUCUCCAGAAAUAAUUGCUCUGAGGGUCUUCAUCUCGAUGAUCUCCUCGUGGGAGAUCGACACAUUCCAGAGGGACUCCUCCUGGGGAUGUCUGUUCAUGUUCAUAGGUUUCGUUAUUUCACGAUCCUUCAAUGUAUUAUAUUCGUGUAUCAUAGAUUAAAUAAAUAGAUAAUUGCUGAUAA